GGCUUGUGCUUUUGCUCGUGUUUUUUUUCUUUUGUAAUUUAUGGCUAUGGACGAGGAAGAGAGACCGAGAAAGCAGCAGAAGCUGGGUAUUGAGGGACAGAAGCCGGAGGAGAGUAUGGGACCCUCGAUGACCAGCGAAGAAAAAGUUGACGACCAUGCGACAACAGCUACACACAAUGGAAACGAGGAGAGCAAGGCUAUCUUUGAAACCGACAAUGGCGAAGAAAAUAACCCAGAAGCCACUGGCGACCAACAAAAACCCGAAGGCGAAACCACCGCGCCCACAUUAUCGAAAAACCAACUGAAGAAACUCCGCCGCAGAGAAGCCUGGGACGCAAAAGCCGACGAGCGCAAAGCAAAGAGAAAAGAAGAAAAUGCCGCAAAGAAACAACGAAAAAAGAACCUACUAGAGGAGGCGAAGAAACAAGGGAAGGAGGCUGAAGAGGCGAUGCGGAAAAAGCUUGCGUCAACGAGACAACGGCAUCACCAGUCGACGCUUGUCCCGCUUACCUUCAUCAUGGACUGUGGCUUUGAUGAGUUGAUGAUGGAUAAGGAGCGGAUAUCGCUGGGGUCGCAGUUGACGAGGGCGUACUCGGAUAACAGCCGGUCGAAGUAUCGUGUGCACUAUGUGAUAUCCUCUUUUGAUAAGCAGCUCAGGGAGCGGUUUGAUACGGUGCUCAAGAAGACCUAUUUGAACUGGAGGGGUGUUCGCACCAUGCAGGAGGACUACGUGCAUGCGGCAGAGAUGGCGAAAGUGUGGAUGACGGGUCCUGAAGGAGGCAAGUUGGCUGGGAAACUCGAGGAGCAAUCUGAUGCCAGACCGGAGGACGGAGAGGUUGUCUACCUCAGUAGCGACAGCCCGAAUACGUUGACAGAGUUGAAGCCGCACAGUACAUACAUUAUUGGAGGACUGGUGGAUAAGAACCGCCACAAGGCCAUCUGUUACAAACAGGCGACGGAGAGGGGGAUCAAGACGGCCAAGCUGCCCAUUGGGGAAUACAUUCAGAUGGCUUCGCGCUCGGUGCUGGCAACGAACCAUGUCAUGGAGAUCAUGCUGCGCUGGUUGGAAACAGGAGACUGGGGGGAGGCAUUCAUGCAGGUCAUUCCUCAACGCAAAGGAGGGAAGCUGAAGGGUAAGGCUGCUGGGGAGGAGGGUAGCCCUCCUAAUGAAAAUGCCGAGGGUGUUGAAGACGAUGGUGAUAAUGAUGAUGAUGAUGAUGCUGAAGCUGCCGACGCCGUUGAGGCAGAAAUUGAACAGCAGGAACUCUCUGUGGCUGCCGAACAGGCGUAAAAGGUUGCCAAUUAGCGUUUAGAUAUCCAGUGUAUGCCCUGUAUCAUAGCCUAUUUUCCGUCUUGUAUAGCUUCAUUGUUGGAGUAAUGCUUAUUCAGCGACUCAGCCACAGCGCCACAACGCCACCGGUCAAUGACGGCAGAAUCAAAACAACGACUUUUUUUUCCUUUUUCUAGAAAAAAAACUUC